UUCGUAGUUAGGUCCCAGACCAUCCCACCCCACACACACACACCCCGGCCGUCAGGGCUUCCGCAGACUUCCAGGGGUGACUUGGGUGUCCCCUAUCCUGGAUCCCGUGCGUCCAGGGCGCACCGGGAGUCAGAAAGCAAUCCGCACCAUGCAGGAGAGUGACAUCGGCCUGGAGGGCUUGUCCCCCAAGGACGUCCCUACAGACCAGGCCGCCGGGGCCGUGGAUGGGGAGGGCGCGCCGCCCGGCGGUCCCCGCGCACAGGCGGCCACGAUGAGAGUCCACGAGAAGUACUCGACGCUCCCGGCCGAGGACCGCAGCGUCCACAUCAUCAACAUCUGCGCGAUCGAGGACAUCGGCUACCUGCCGUCCGAGGGCACGUUACUCAACUCCCUGUCCGUGGACCCCGACGCCGAAUGCAAGUAUGGCCUGUACUUCCGGGACGGCAAGCGCAAGGUGGACUACAUCCUGGUCUACCAUCACAAGAAGCCCUCGGGCAGCAGGACUCUGGCCAGGAGGGUCCAGCACAAUGACACUGGCCUGGGAGCCCGCGGCGCCAGGCAAGACCAGCCCCUGCCCGGGAAGGGGGCCCCGGUGGACGUGGGCUUGCCUGAGACCGCAGUGGACUACCACGAGGACGACAAGCGCUUCCGCAGGGAGGAGUAUGAGGGCAACCUGCUGGAGGCCGGCCUGGAGCUGGAGCGAGAUGAGGACACCAAAAUCCAUGGGGUCGGAUUCGUGAAAAUCCACGCUCCCUGGCACGUGUUAUGCAGGGAGGCUGAGUUUCUGAAGCUGAAGAUGCCCACAAAGAAGGUGUAUCACAUCAGCGAGACCCGGGGCCUCUUGAAAACCAUCAACUCGGUACUGCAGAAGAUCACCGACCCCAUCCAGCCCAAGGUGGCGGAGCAUAGGCCGCAGACCACCAAAAGGCUCUCCUACCCCUUCUCCCGGGAGAAGCAGCACCUAUUCGACUUGUCUGACAAGGACUCAUUUUUCGACAGCAAAACCCGGAGCACGAUAGUCUAUGAAAUCUUGAAGAGAACCACGUGCACCAAGGCCAAGUACAGCAUGGGGCAAGGAGAGGGAAGAAAGAAGGACUCUGCCCUUCUAAGUAAAAGGCGAAAGUGUGGGAAAUACGGUAUCACGAGCCUGCUGGCCAAUGGUGUGUACUCUGCCGCGUACCCUCUGCAUGACGGAGACUAUGAGGGAGAAAACGUGGAGUUCAAUGACAGAAAACUCCUGUAUGAGGAGUGGGCAAGCUACGGGGUCUUCUACAAGUACCAGCCCAUUGACCUGGUCAGGAAGUACUUUGGGGAGAAGAUCGGCCUGUACUUUGCCUGGCUGGGGGCCUAUACCCAAAUGCUCAUCCCUGCCUCCAUCGUGGGAGUCAUCGUCUUCCUCUACGGAUGCGCCACGGUGGAUGAAAACAUCCCCAGCAUGGAGAUGUGUGACCAGAGACACAACAUCACCAUGUGUCCUCUGUGCGACAAGACCUGCAGCUACUGGAAGAUGAGCUCAGCCUGCGCCACAGCCCGUGCCAGCCACCUCUUCGACAAUCCCGCCACCGUCUUCUUCUCUGUGUUCAUGGCCCUGUGGGCCGCCACCUUCAUGGAACACUGGAAGAGGAAGCAGAUGCGGCUGAAUUACCGCUGGGAUCUCACAGGCUUCGAGGAAGAGGAGGAAGCAGUCAAGGAUCAUCCUAGAGCAGAGUACGAAGCCAGAGUCCUGGAGAAGUCACUGAGGAAAGAAUCCAAAAACAAAGAGACCGACAAAGUGAAGCUGACAUGGAGGGACCGCUUCCCAGCCUACUUCACCAAUCUGGUCUCCAUCAUCUUCAUGAUCGCAGUGACAUUUGCCAUCGUGCUCGGCGUCAUCAUCUACAGAAUCUCCAUGGCCGCCGCCUUGGCCAUGAACUCCUCCCCAUCGGUGCGGUCCAACAUCCGGGUCACGGUCACGGCCACCGCCGUCAUCAUCAACCUGGUAGUCAUCAUCUUGUUGGAUGAGGUCUACGGCUGCAUUGCCAGGUGGCUCACCAAGAUUGAGGUCCCGAAGACUGAGAAGAGCUUUGAAGACAGGCUAACCUUCAAGGCCUUCCUGCUGAAGUUUGUGAACUCGUACACCCCCAUCUUCUACGUCGCCUUCUUCAAAGGCCGGUUUGUGGGACGUCCAGGAGACUACGUGUACAUCUUCCGCUCUUUCCGGAUGGAGGAGUGCGCCCCGGGCGGCUGCCUGAUGGAACUCUGUAUCCAGCUGAGCAUCAUCAUGCUGGGCAAGCAGCUCAUCCAGAACAACCUGUUUGAGAUCGGCAUCCCGAAAAUGAAGAAGUUUAUCCGCUACCUGAAGCUGCGGCGCCAGAGCCCCUCGGACCACGAGGAGUCCGUGAAGAGGAAGCAGCGCUAUGAGGUGGACUUCAACCUGGAGCCGUUCGCCGGCCUCACCCCGGAGUACAUGGAAAUGAUCAUCCAGUUUGGCUUCGUCACGCUGUUCGUGGCCUCCUUUCCCCUGGCACCACUGUUCGCCCUGCUGAACAACAUCAUUGAGAUCCGCCUGGACGCCAAAAAGUUCGUCACUGAGCUGCGGAGGCCAGUGGCGAUCAGAGCCAAAGAUAUCGGCAUCUGGUACAACAUCCUCAGAGGCGUCGGGAAGCUUGCUGUCAUCAUCAAUGCCUUUGUGAUCUCCUUCACGUCAGAUUUCAUCCCUCGCCUGGUGUACCUCUACAUGUACAGUCAGAAUGGGACCAUGCACGGCUUUGUCAACCACACGCUAUCCUCCUUCAACGUCAGCGACUUCCAGAACGGCACCGCGCCCAACGACCCGCUGGACCUGGGCUACGAGGUUCAUAUCUGCAGGUACAAAGAUUACCGUGAGCCCCCAUGGUCGGAACACAAAUAUGACAUCUCCAAGGACUUCUGGGCUGUCCUGGCCGCCCGGCUGGCUUUUGUCAUCGUCUUUCAGAACCUGGUCAUGUUCAUGAGCGACUUUGUUGACUGGGUCAUCCCGGACAUCCCCAAGGACAUCAGCCAGCAGAUCCACAAGGAGAAGGUGCUCAUGGUGGAACUGUUCAUGCGGGAGGAGCAGGGCAAGCAGCAGCUGCUGGACACAUGGAUGGAGAAGGAACGGCGGAGGGACCCGCCUUGCAACAACCACAGCCCCGCCGUGCGCCCCGAGCCCGCCGACAGCAGCCCGGCCCCCAGUUAUGAGUACAGCGGGGGUGCGCUGUAAACCGCUGCGGCAGGCUGGCAGGCCAGCCGGCUUAAGCUCUCCUCGCCCCUCGGGGCCCAGUGGCUUCCUGAGUUGUCCGCACAACGUGGAGAACCACUCUGCUAGGACAGCGUCCUUUCUUCUUUCUGGGUUUUUUUUUUUUUUCCUCUUUUUUUUUUUUUUUUUUGCACAAAGCCAUUAUGCAGGGACAUUUUUAACUUUAGUAUUCAAGGCAAAUAAAAAAAAAAAAAAAGAUGGUUGUUGAGGGUGGCGCAGGGACACAGAGCCCAGGGACAUGGAGUCUUCCAGGCGGUAGAAGGGGACUCAGGUCUCAGGGUGUCUUGUGUCAUACUUGAUCUGACAGACGCAGACCACUGUCCAGGCGCGAGGUGAAGUUCAGGGUAAGAAUGAGCGGCAUAGAUCCAGGUUACCAAAGGAGUCGCCUGCAUCUAGGUUGGAGGAGCUAGGUGGCUUUAAUCGUCUUCCCUUCUGGAAGCUCAGAGUCUGCGGUCAGAAGCAGAGGUGCGCAGCCUGCCCACACAUGGAGGGUGUGGGACUCUCCAGUUAUUCUCGAGAGACUGAAGACGCAGGUGGCCCUGGGUCUGUCUCCCUGGCAAGCUCCAUGCCAGCCGCUCAGAAGCCCAUCUUCAUGGGACAAAGCAGGGUGGUGGGCAGGGGAGGUCUCCACAGAGUGAGUGAUCUCAAGAAGGUUGGGGGCAUUGCAGUCCUGAGGCUCGUUCAAAGAUUUGAGCUUAGACUAUUUAUUGGUUUAAAAAAAAAAAAUCAAUGAUGUGAUAGAUGUGAGAAUUUUUUUUUUCCUGUAGCUCAAGGUGGAAGGAAUUUAUUAGUUAACCAAAUAUCAUUGAGAGGAACUUAAAAUACUGUUACUACCAAAGAUUUUUAUUAAUAAAACCUUCUAUUUUGGUAAUAUUUCUGUAUAUUUUUACUCACAGGAUGUCACCGUUGGGUAAUUAUCAUUUUAAAAGCUUGUAAAACAAGUCACAUGAGUGACCCCAGUUUGUAGUUGUGGUAACCAGUUACCUGAAAUCUCUCAAGCCGAGGUGCCAGGGCCAAGACACCUCCCUCCUGUGCUUGUGGGGGUGAGCAGAGCUUGGCACUAUUGCCUUCAGCCCACUGGGGGUCAUAGGUUCUCAAUGUUUGCUAAAGCCAUGGGAUCGGGGGCUUUGUCUUUCUCUUGUACAGUGAGUGGUUUCAGAUGGUGUUUUGUAUAUAACUAUUGUAUCCAAAAUUAGUUGAUUACCAAAAAUCCUUUUAUGGAAAACAUUUUUUUAAAAAAAAACUGAAUGUAUACCAACCCACGGAAGACUGUGGCGGAACAUUCAUUGAAAUAAAUUUGAAUACAUGGCGUUUUCUCCUA